UGUAAUCUCCGAGCCCUGAUAAACUAAAAUAAACAGCACCAGAGAGAGAAGGAGAGACAGCGAGCGCAGGAGGGUCCAGCACAACAAACGACAACAAACCGAACCGAAACCAUGGGGAAGAUGUUGAAAUCCUGCUGUAUUUACGGCACCGGGCUGCUGUCCAUCCUCGUCUUGAUCGCGGGCAUUGCCAUGGUGUUGGCUCACGUCUUCUUAAACGCCUUGAACAGCAGGAUAAAAACAGAGGUGGUGCUGGAAAAUGGAACAGAGGCUUUUGCUGUUUGGCAGGAUCCUCCAGCCCCUGUCUACAUGCAGUUUUACUUCUUCGAUUUGACAAACCCUGAGGAGGUGCUGAAAGGAGAAAGGCCUGCAGUGAUCGAGGUCGGCCCGUACACGUACAGAGAGUAUCGGCCUAUGGAGAGCGUGACGUUUAUGGAUAAUGGUACUAAAGUAGCUUCUGUCAACCCUAAAACUUACGUGUUUGAGCCCAAUAUGUCACGAGGCUUGGAGGAUGACCUCAUCAGGACUGUUAACAUCCCUGCAAUGGCGGUCAUGGAGAGGUAUAAAAACCAUUCUCUUAUUAGCCGUGUGAUCUCGGACUUGAUGAAAGCUGGAGGCAUGGGGCUGUUUGUGACGCGGCCGGUGGGGGAGCUGCUCUGGGGCUACGAGGACCCUUUGCUAAAGGAACUUCGCUUGGUGGACCCCUUACUGGAUGACUACUUUGGACUCUUCUACAAGAUGAAUGGGACGAAUGAUGGCGAGUAUGUGUUUUUCACAGGGAAACAGAACUAUCAGGACUUCGCUCGAGUAGAUCUGUGGAAAGGCCAGAGCUCUCUGAGUUGGUGGAGCUCAGACGAGUGUAACAUGAUCAAUGGAACCAACGGAGCAUCUUUUCACCCAGUCAUCACCAAGACGGAGAGACUCUACAUGUUCUCCUCUGAUCUCUGCAGGUCCCUGUAUGCCACGUUUGACUCUGAGGUCAGAGUGUCUGGGAUCCCUGCGUACCGCUUCGUACCUCCUAGUGAAGUGUUCGCAAACAAGACAGUGAAUCCUGAUAACGCUGGUUUCUGUGUGGGUGGGAACUGCCUCGGCUCUGGCCUGCUGGACGUCAGCGUCUGCAAGGAAGGUGCUCCCAUCAUCAUGUCAUCUCCACAUUUCUACCAGGCUGAUGAGAAGUAUGUCCAGGAUGUGUUUGGGAUGCGGCCGAAGAAGGAGGAUCACCAGACGGCUAUCGACAUAAACCCGCUCACGGGACUUGUUGUGAGGGCAGCAAAGCGUCUUCAGGUCAACGUCUUUGUUGAAAAGCUUCCAGUGUUCAGCCAAACGGAAAACGUCAGGACUUUGGUCUUCCCAGUCAUGUACCUUAAUGAGAGCGUGCUUAUUGACCCGGAUUCCGCCAAGAAGCUCGGUGCCCUGCUGACCGAGGCCAGCGUGGUGAUCAACAUACCUUUCAUCGUGAUCGGCCUUGGCAUCAUACUGGGUGUGGUCUUUAUGGCGCUAUUGUGCUGUCUGAGGACCCCAGAGAGCACUGCUGCUGAACGCCAGCCCUUACUGACGUCCUAACUGAGCGGAGAGUAGGUUUUUGGGGAUACAUCAGUGGGAGUGUUUAUGCAUUCUGUGAACUGACGGUAGCUUUCGCACUGAAUCAAUCAACUAACAGUACCCAGUAUUUGACCAGUUCAUGAAUCAUCGUUUGCCAAGCAACGCCAUAUGAAGUCGGAUUCAGGUUGGAGUAAGAGGUUGCCCUUUUACUGUAAGAACUGUUUGAGUUUAUUUUUGUUUUUAUUUGACAUUUUAGUGUAAUAAUGAGCACCACAGCGAAUGGGAGUAUUGUAAUUGGCUAAUCUUGCAUGCAGACCUGCAGCUUCUAAAGAUAUAAAAUUAUUUUCCACCACUACAGCCUAAAAUGGACAGACCUAGACCUUUUCCCAACACGCUGGGAUGGUAAACAAGUUUGUUGCAUCAAUAAGAGAGACAAACAUCAGCAUCUGAAGAAAGAGUGGUUAUAUUUUAUUGACACGUCAGAUGAAAUUGUAAUUUUGCAUCGCGCCUGGGAUUAGGGCAAUAAAAUGGGCUUGCACAACACACGCAGUUACACCAGUCUGUCUGUUUGUUUUAGUCGCAGGUUCAACACACAAUGCUAAAUUUAGAAACCGGCCAACACACAGUGUCCACAAAAUCCUAAACUAAGUAACUGACCGUCAUAGUGUCCACAGUAUCCUAAAUUUAGAAACGGACCAUCACAGUGUCUGCAUAAUCCUCAGCUUCUGAACUGAUAUGCACGUUUGUGCUUCUACAAGGACGUCUGCGUAUGGUAUGAUUUCAACAUCGAGCCAAGCAGAGUCUGAUUGGUUCACCUUGAACUCUGGAAAAAGGCUGACAAAAGCACAUGACUGGAUUUCAUUCAACACUUUUCUCUUAGUUUCUCAAUGGCAGUUCAGUGGUGCUCUGCCAGUCAUGUUAGGUGUUUUUGUUUUUUUGUUUUUUUUUUUUUAUCAGAAACCACAUUUUAUUUUUUUACAUUUUUGUUUGUUGUAAAAAUAUUAAGUAUUGUUUGUGCUUAAAGCCCCAGAGAACCUAAAUUCAUGUUUUCUUUUUAUGUAAUCUUGAUGACACUAGAUAUACAUGUACAAAAUAUGUCCUGUGAAUCACUUUGCGAUGCUCCCUAAAUGGCUGAUCUAUUUCGCCUAAAUUCUCUCUUUUUGAUAUAAAGUGGGUGGUCACACGUAUGUAAGCACUCACAAGACUGCUAGGUUCCCCAGCAGUCUAAUAGAAACUUAAGGCUGUCACAUACCAGACACAACAGGACAGCAUCCAAAAUUUUUAAACCGUCGUUUUUAAACACAGAAAGAAGGUUUGAUUCCCUGGCCGGGCAACCAGGGUCCUUUCUGUGUGGAGAAUUAAAGCCACAUGAAGACCACAGAAAGCCAUGGUAGAUAACACGUGGCUUGAAAUUUACACAGAGUAAGGUACACAGUCUUUUAGAUAAACAGACACAGUGCAAAGAAUAGUAUCUUGUCAGGCAUAACUAUCUUAAAUCUAGUUAAUAAAUCUAAUAUUUCUCCUGUUGAGAUUGUUAUAAGCUUACAUUAAGACUAUUUCAGGUAUUCCUGAACAUUUUUACUUGUUUUGAGUGUUUGAAUCUAUUGAAUUUAUCUCAUUAUAGUGAAUUUUUAUAGAACUUUUUUAAAAAUGUGGCUGAAACCAAAAGCAAGUUUAUCUGCCAGUAUAGUGAGAAUUUUACUUGAUAAAAUUACCUAAAACAAGUAAAUAAUGUCUAGAAAUAAGAUAGAUUAUCUUAUUAUAGGUGCACAAUCAUCUCAAAAUAAGAAUUAUUAGAUAUAUUGACUAGAUUUUAGAUCAUUUCACUUGACAAGAUGUUAUAUUUUGCAGUGCAGAUGCUCACAGUAAGUUACCUCAGCUAACAAUACUAGCCUAGUCCAUUUUAGCUGGUAUUUUUCAGGUAGUAAACUGAUGCCAAGCCUCGUAAGUGAUGCUGAACACUUUAUUUCAUUCAGUUUCUACAAGUGGAGUGUAAAAAUUAACUUGAAUCUGACGUUUUUGGGCCCUCCCUGCUGGCAUUCUUUAGCUGCGCAAUGCAGCGCAUCCAGUGUGCGACGGCCUUUAGAGCGAAAGCUAACAACCUAGCGGAAGCUAACCUAACAAGCAUAACAUUCAAGCUUGCUUUUCUGCCUGCCUGUUGUCCAUUCGGUCAUUCAACAUCCCACUCCAGUUCAGUGCAAGUGUUGGACAGAGCGCUGUCGAUUACAGGUGCUCAUCUACGUAUUAGGCCACGGCCAGACAGUUACCAGUUCUGCUAAGCCAUGUUUCUUUCUCCAUUCAAAUGCUGCUGAAUUUUUAAUACAACUCUUAAUUUUAGUGUCAUACACACAUUUUUCAUAUUUUACACUAUGUUCUCUGGGAUGGUUUGGAAUGAUUUGAUAUUAUUUGUUUUCUUUUCAUUAUUUUUGGAUAUUUUUGGUCUUCCUUUAUUGUAGUGCUCAAUGGGGGUGGGAAUCUCCAGGCAACUCAGAUUCGAUCCGGGGCGCAUGUAUUUUUCAUGUGUCUUGAUUAGGAAUUCUAAGCCCACAUUAUGAUUGUUUUCCUGUGUCUGUCAAUCUUCUUUAGCCUAAAUUGAAUUUGCAUGCAGCCUAAACACGACCGAAACAGACCGAGAC